AUGGCUUCGAAAAAUACCUGUUCUCUUUGUUUAAAUAACUUUACUAAACCCAAGUUACUGCCAUGUCACCACACUUUCUGUCAACAAUGUAUAGAUGAUCUUAUUAAGGCUUAUGCUCAUUUUAACAAGUUUAACUGUCCAACCUGUCGGCAACAAACAGAUAUACCAUCAGGUGGUGCCAGUCAGUUUGUCACCAACUUUUAUCUAGAAGACGACGAUGAUGAUAAACAGUAUUGUACAAAACACAAGAAGAAAGAAAUACAAGUUUACUGUCGAGAUUGUCGCAAACCAUGUUGUGCUGCAUGA